AUGCGAGCGCAGCUGCGCUCGAUCUCGUUUCUUACCGGAUCGUCGUCGUCAACCUCGGUUGCUCGGAGCACAGCAACGACAAAGCAUCGAGAAUACGCAUCCCAAUCACCACCAACACCUCAACCGCACUCGCCAUAUCCCCUGAUCUCUGCAAAAGGCAAAGCACGCUCUUUCACGCCCCUGUCAGCAAACCCGCGUAUCCUUCAUGCAGAUCCUUGUGCGACCCACUCAGUGCCAGGUCUCCGGCUCCUCAGCAACUCCGCCUCUCCUUCGCCCACUCGCCUCGGCAUGGACAGCGAGGCAGACCUCGGCCGUCACUUCUACCUCAACAAAGUGCUCGAGCAGUGGGCUGCCAAACCUGCCACGCGCAUGACGCUGCGUCAACUCAUCUUCUUCGGGCGCACCAUCGGCCGCGACCGCGAGAAGAUCCUCAAAUCUGCCAACUACGUCCGCACCGAGCUCCCCGUGCGCAUCGCCCACCGCAUUCGCGAUCUCCAAGCGCUGCCCUUCGUCGUCAUGACGAACCAGCAUCUCGAGGACGUAUACCAAAAGUACUGGUCGGCGUUCGAGACGUUUCGUCGGUUCCCGCAUAUCAAAACCAUGGAUGAUAACGAAAGGUUCUGCAACCUGCUUAGGGGUUUGCUGGAUGAUCAUCUUACGAUCAUACCGAGUUUGACCAUUGGGAUUGUGGAAAGUAGUCAUCAUUUAGGCGCGAAGCAGCUCGAUAAGUUCAUGGAAAGGAUGUUGAGGAGUAGGAUAUCGAGGAGGGUCCUGGCGGAACAACAUAUUGCACUGAGCGAGGCGCUGGACGAUCCGUUCCACUUUUUCAACGAGCCAGAACGGCGUUCGGAAGGCGAAGAAGAUGAACAUGCGGACGACAUUGGUGAUCACGUCGGAAUCAUCUACACGCGACUAAGCGUGGCUAGCGUCGUCAAUAAGGGGAUCAAGCUGCUGACGCAGAUGUUUGAAAAUGUGCAGGGAGUGGGGAGGGAGAGGAUACCGGAGGUGAAAGUGGAUGGAGAUUUGAAGGCGAGGUUUGCGUAUAUACCGGAGCAUCUGGAGUACAUUGUUUUCGAGCUGUUGAAGAAUGCCAUUCGCGCGACGAUCAGGAAGCACGCGGGGGAGGAGGAGAGGGGGUUGGUGAGGGUGACGAUCGUGGAGGGCCCACCGGAGGAGGAUCUGAUCAUAAGGAUCAGUGAUUCGGGAGGAGGAUUGCCGGACUUGAUCAAUCAGCUGUCGUUGCCUUCGCCAGCUGCGGUGGCGGCGAAAUCCGUUGUGACGCCGACGUUUGCGAGUAGUCCAGCGGGAGGGACAGCGGCGGCGAGUGGGAUGGCGAGUGGGACGGCGGCGGAGCCGAGCCUUCAAGUGGAUCAAUCUUAUCCCAUCCCUUUCCCCGACACGGGGCACAUUGGAGGAUAUCCACCGCGAGGAUCUCGAGCCCGACUCCUUCACCCGGACGACGAUACGAUCCCCGUCACCCUCACCGACGACACCAUGCCGGGAUCGAUGCAGAUGCACGCCACGCCGUUCUACUCCGAACCCUCCGCGGAGAGUUCCUCUCCCCACUCCUCCUCGUCGCGAAUGUGGUCUGCGCGCGGUGGAGUCGGCUCGGCAGGCGGCACCGGCGGCACCACGCCACCGAACGAGUUCGGCACCGUCGGAACCUCCACCACCACCACCGAAGGCUACUCCGACCCGCUCAUCGACGCCCUCUGCUCCUUCAGCAACGUGCGCAAACGACUCGAGAUCGAAGCCCACUCGGACUCCUCCUCUUCCAGCACGUUCUACGGUCUCAACUCCUCCACGCCUGCUCCUCCUCCCUCCACCGCCACAGACCUCUCCAGCGCAGGUCUAGGCACACGAGAUCGCUACGACGCGCUCAAAACCAUCCGCAAAUUCAAGGGCACCGUCACGGAACAAGUGCCGAAACCCAAACCUCAGGCGGUGGAGGGUACAGGUCCAGCAGCACUGCACACCGUCCAGGUCGAAACGGGCUUGGGUCUGCCCAUGGCCAAGGUGUAUUGCGACUUCUUCGGUGGAAGUUUGAGCUUCAGGAGUCUGGAUGGUCAUUCGACGGAUAUCUACGUAAGACUGCCGAAGCUGGGUACGAACAAGGAGACGAUAGAGGAGAUCGUGCUGUGA